UUUUGGCGCUGUAAUGAGUUUAGAAGCUUGACGUUGACGGAUGAGCUGUCGAAUUUGAUCUUCGUUUUUUUUUCUUUUCAAAAAGGAUUUCUGGAACAUCCUUGGCCGUUCUUGUACAUUUUCCCGCGCAAUGUUGGCGGAGGCUAAUCAGUUAUUGGCGGCUUCCGUGGUGGAGGAGGUGAUCGAACAGCACGGGAGUAAGUUGGGCAACGUUGAUCUGUAUGCUGCCAGAAAAGCUGAAGAAGCGUCAUUGAGAAGAAAUGAAGCAGCUAGGUGGUUAAGGAAGAUUGUAGGAGUGGUCGCUGGUAAAGAUUUACCAGCUGAACCUUCAGAAGAAGAUUUCAGACAUGGGUUGCGAAGUGGGAUUAUACUUUGCAAUGCCCUUAAUAAAGUUCAGCCGGGCUCUGUGCAGAAGGUCAUUGAAGCUCCACCAGAUUCUGCUACCGUCGCUGAUGGGGCAGCGCUUUCUGCAUACCAAUACUUCGAAAAUGUACGAAACUUUUUGGAUGUGGUGGAGCAAAUGGGGCUACCAACGUUUGAAGCUUCCGAUCUGGCACAGGGAGGAAAACCAUAUAGAGUUGUGAACUGUGUUCUCGCGUUGAAAUCAUAUAGCGAGUGGAAACAAGAAGGUGGAAUUGGGUCCUGGAAACUAAGCGGAAAUGUGAAACCUACAUCAUGUGGGAAGCAAUUUGUUCUGAAGCAUUCUGAGCCAUUCAUGAAUUCCAUUUCACGUACCUCAUCGGCCAUUGAAAAGGCUCUUGAAAGUAAUUCCCUUGAGAAUGAUCAUUGCGAGACGGAGCAAUUGGGGUCCUUGAAUGUACUAGUCAGCAAACUUCUAGCUGAUAAGAAACCAGAAGAAAUACCACUUGUUGUGGGAAAUUUGUUAAGUAAAGUUAUGGAAGAAUUUGAGCAUCAUUUAUCCAGCCGGAAUGAACAGAUUAAAACAGCGUCUCAAGAUAUUCAUGUUACACCUCAUUCUCUUAUGGAGGUUCCUCCCACAGAGAUGAAGAUAGAAACAACUUCACAACACUUACCUGUUUCAACCUCUCAAGAUAUGCCCAUUGCUGCAUCUCAAUAUGUAUCAGCUCCAGCUUUUUGUCCCCUGGUCUUUCCUCACACAGAGAUUGAAGAUAAAGAGACCUCCACAUCAGUUGUUGAAGAAACUUUUCACCUUAGAGAAGUUAAUAACAUCAUAUCAAAAAGGCAGGAUGAGAAGCAGCACAUGCUGAUUAAGCAACAACAGCAAAAUAUACAGGACCUGAAAUUUACCAUUAAUGAUACAAAAAAAGAGUUACAUUGUCUACAAGUAAAAUAUCAUGAUGAAAUCAAUACUCUAGGUAAACAUCUACAAGGCUUAGCUCAUGCAGCGUCAGGAUACCAGAAAGUUUUGGAGGAAAACCGCAAGUUGUACAAUCAAGUGCAAGAUCUUAAAGGAAGUAUAAGGGUGUAUUGCCGGGUGCGUCCGUUCUUGCCUGGGCAACCAAAUCGUUUUAGCACUAUUGAUCAUGUGGAAGAAGGAAGCAUUACAAUAAUCACUCCUUCAAAAUAUGGAAAGGAGGGAAAGAAAACGUUCACUUUCAACCGCUGUUUUGGUCCAUCUGCAACCCAAGAAGAAGUAUUUACAGACACACAACCUCUUAUUCGAUCUGUCCUUGAUGGAUACAAUGUUUGUAUAUUCGCUUAUGGUCAAACAGGAUCAGGAAAGACCUACACUAUGUCUGGACCUGAUGAGCUCACAACGGAAACUGAAGAAAUUCGUAACAACUCCCAGAAGGGUUUAAAUGUACCUGAUGCAAAUAUCAUACCAGUCAAAUCAACAUCAGAGGUCCUUAAGUUGAUGAACCUUGGGCAGAAGAAUCGUGCAGUGGGUGCAACAGCCAUGAACACUCGUAGUAGUCGUUCCCACAGUUGCCUCACAGUUCACGUCCAGGGAAGAGGCCUGACAACUGGAACGAUACUUCGUGGUUGUUUGCAUCUGGUUGACCUGGCAGGAAGUGAAAGAGCCGAUAAAACUGAAGCAGUUGGUGACAGAUUGAAGGAGGCUCAGCAUAUCAACAAGUCUCUCUCUGCUUUAGGAGAUGUGAUAUAUGCCCUUGGUCAUAAGAGUUCACACGUUCCCUACAGGAAUAGUAAGCUUACCCAACUUCUUCAAGAUUCUCUCGGGGGGCAAGCCAAGACAUUGAUGUUUGUUCACAUUAGUCCUGAGGAAGAUGCCAUUGGAGAGACACUUAGCACUCUUAAAUUUGCUGAGCGUGUGUCUGCUGUUGAGCUUGGUGCAGCACGCGCAAACAAAGAUAGUUCUGAGGUCAAAGAACUCAAAGAACAGGUUGCUAGUCUAAAGGCAGCUUUGGCAAAGAAGGAGGGGGUAAAUUCAAGGUCAAGUAGCCCAGAAAGGAAAAUGACAUCCUGUGGAUCUUCAACUUCUUGUUCUAGCUUGCAAAGUUUUGGAGACGUGCAAAUCUAUGAGCAAGGGCAACUUAUGGAGGAUGUUGGUGACAAUGGAUCGGGUAGGAAGAACUCUACAGCAACUGGAGGAAAGCAAAGCUUAGAUCCUCAUGACUCUCAGAUGAACACACUCCCAUGUCAACCUAGUACUAGUCCUGGCUCAAAUGAAUACGAGAGAGACGCGGUUACUGGGGAAUGGGUUGGCAAGGCUAUGGUUAAUAAGAAAACUGGUAUCAGUAGGGGUUAUUCGCUAGGAAGAUUGGAUGAGCCUACUAAAAAACAGCCACCGGAGAUGUUAUAUGACAAACUUUCAGCUGAUGAUAGUGUGAAGGUGCACCCUGAACAACAACAAAACGCCGUUGCUGUGGAUGAUCCUGACUUUGAUGCUACUACCAGUGACUGUUCUUCGGAACAUGACUCCAUUUGUCAAAUGAGCAUUUCCAAUGUCCGUAACGUUAAUACAAACGGUGUGGCAUCCAAGUUGAGAAGGCCGAGUCCAAAGCAAAUCAAGAGUCCAGAAGUUAGACCAUUUGGAUCGUUCUCAGCAAAGGAUUCCAAUUUUAUGUUCAAUUUUGCUGAGCUAAGGCUGGAUCUAGCAGAAUCAAUUUAAUUGAGGUUAAUUCUUUUUCUUUUUUUUUUAAACAAUUUACAUCAAUUUAUUUUUGUGAAUUUUUACUUAAUUUGAUUUUGAUUCUUGAUUUAAUUCUUUUCAUAUUGUUUUCAAAACUUUGAUUUUUCUCCUGCGUUAACAUAUUAGUUGAAUAUAGCAGGUAGUUCUUCAACCUUUUUAUUAUGUUGUUUCAUUAUUUUCUGGUGUGGUUUAAUUACUUGAUUCAUGAGAUGUCAUUUUAAUAGUCCAAUAAUGCACUUCAUAUUUA